AGGCCACGCCCGCCUCAAAUACGUUCUUUCUGUCAAUCACCGCCAGGCCACGCCUCCCCCGUGCUUCUUACACAAACAGCAGCAGCUCGAGAGAGUAAAUAGAGAAAAGAUGGCGGAGUUCAUUCAGCUCAACAAACCCACCGAACCGAAACCAGCGUCCCAGAACCGCGAGCACCAUCCUCAUCCUCAUCCUCCACCGGCCAAGAAGAUCCGACAUGAGGAGAAAGUAUUUAAAGCCAAGAAGAUGAACGGAGACACGGAGCAGCAGAAUUACAGCAGCAAACCGAAAAACAAGAAAAACAAAACAGAGAAAGACAGAGACCGAGAGAAAGAUAGAGAUAGAGAGAAGGAGAAAGAGAAAGGCAAAGAGAAAGAGAGAGAGAAAGAGAGGAAGAAACACAAACUGGCGGCUGAAAAUCACCUCAGUGUGAAGAAGGAGAACGGAGAGCUGAAGCUGUCGCAGAAAGAUCACACUAUCAAAGACAAAGAGAAACCGAGAGACAGAGACGGCGAGAAGAAGAGAGAGAGGGAGAAGGACAGAGAAAAAGAGCAGGAGAAAGAGAUGAAGGAGAAAAGAAAACAUAAGCUGAUGAUGGAGAUGAAGAGAGAGAAUGGAGAGGUGAAGAUCCUGCAGAAAGGUGACAGAGAGAAGCCGAAGAUCGACUCCGCUGAGGAUUUGCUGAUGAAAAAGAUCAAGAAGAAAAAGAAAAAGAAACACAAAGAAGGGGAAAAGCGGAAGCGGCCCAAGAUGUACAGCAAAUCUAUCCAGACGGUGUCUUCUGAUCUCCCCAAAUCUGGCUCAGAUUUCAAGCCGCCGCCGCCUCCGGUCCAGCAGGGCGGCGCUCUGAGCUCCGUCAGCGGCCUGAAGCAGGAGAACAGCGACGGCGAGGCCAGAGCCGCUAGAUUGCCCGGCCUGGACCGGCUGGAGUUUGGCUGUCUGGUUCACGUGGAGCACCAGCCCAACGGAGGCGCUCUGGUGGCUCACGCCUACAGCAAGGAGCUGUCUGUCCUGUCUCCUGUGGAGAUGCAGAGGUUCGCGCAGGAGUUUGUGACGCUAUCGUUUAGCGAGGACCAGGACGGAGCCGCUAACUAUGUGAUGGGCGUGAUUCACGGCGCCGCCUCCUACCUCCCAGACUUCCUGGAGUACUUCUCAACUAAGUUCCCCAACUCGCCCGUCAAAAUGGAGAUCCUGGGGAAGAAGGACAUCGAGACGACUACUAUGGCAAACUUCCACACUCAGGUGAGGAGGAGUUACUCUCACGGGACGUACCGCGCCGGCGCUAUGAGGCAGAUCAGUCUGGUGGGUGCCGUGGACGAGGAGGUGGGCGAUUAUUUCCCAGAGUUCCUCAAUAUGCUGGAGAAGUCGCCCUUCCUGGAGCGGACGCUGCCGUGGGGGACGUUCUCCAGUCUGCAGCUGAAGAGCCCAACAGAGAGUGAUGACGGGCCCAUCAUGUGGGUUCGGCCCGGAGAGCAGAUGAUCCCGGUCACAGACAUGCCAAAGUCUCCCUUCAAACGGAAACGGUCGACUAAUGAAAUUAAGAAUCUUCAGUAUCUGCCGCGAACCAGUGAGCCCCGUGAGAUGCUGUUUGAGGACCGGACCAGAGCUCAUGCUGACCACAUCGGUCAAGGGUUUGAACGCCAGACCACUGCCGCUGUGGGAGUGCUGAAAGCUGUCCGCUGCGGGGAAGGUGCUGAACCUCCACGCAUAACCAAAGACGUGAUCUGUUUCCACGCGGCUGAUUUCCCUGACGUGGUGCAGCGGCUGCAGUUAGACCUGUAUGAGCCGCCUCUGUCUCAGUGUGUGCAGUGGGUGGAUGAUGCUAAACUUAAUCAGCUGAGGCGAGAGGGAAUCCGCUACGCUCGUAUCCAGCUCUACGAUAACGACAUCUACUUUAUCCCUCGCAACGUAGUUCACCAGUUCAAGAGCGUGUCGGCCGUGUGCAGCCUUGCCUGGCAUGUGCGUUUGAAGCAGUACCAUCAGCCACCCAAGGAAGAGGAGGCUCGUGAGGAAGGUGAAGAGCUGAAGCAGCACAUCAAGCAGGAGUCGGCUGGCGAGAACGGCAGAGCUGUGAACACGGACUGCAGACCGGUGCCACAGUCGCUGUGCGUAACGCAAAUAAAGAUGGAGCGGGCGGAGCUGCUCGCUGACAGACCGCCCAAGCCUCCUCCUGGAAGUAACAGCUCGACUCCUCCUCUCGUCUCCUCCUCUGACAGCCGACCCAAAGCGCACCACACGGCAGAAUGUCCAAGCGCUCCAUCACACCCGUCACGCAACCCCACAGCCGGUCCACACACACCCAAACACACACACGCACCAGCACCAACCAAACACACACACACGUCAACACCAACCAAACACGCACACAGCUCCGCAUCCAGAUAUCUCCAUUCUUCCUCUGUCCCCAAACUGGGCCACACGCCCUCAACACCAACUAAACUCAGCCAUUCUACCAACACAACCAAACCCAUGCAACUGGCUAACAUACCCAAACCCAUGCAACCUACUAGCACAACCAAACCAACACAACCCACUAAUACAACUAAACUCACACAACCCGUUAACACAACCAAACUCACACAACCUACUAACACAACCAAAUCAACACAACUAGCUAACACAACCAAACCCACACAACUGGCUAACAUAACCAAACCCAUGCAACCUACUAACAUAACUAAACCCACACACUCUGCGAACACAGCCAAACACACACACACCACACUAAUAACCAAACCCGGCCCCAAAAUGAGCUCUGGACUGUCAAUCAGCUGGACUGCUCCGCCCCUGGCCCUGCCCCAGGCCACGCCCCCUCUGAGGCCGGACCGCCCCCCAGACUCUCUGCACCCAAAGGCGGUCAGAGCUCACCCGCAUGAAUCACACAAAGACUUUUUAUACUGAUUUGUACAGAAUGGUUUUUAAACGGCGCUUCAUUCAAUCACUUUAUUUCUACUGUCUACCGGUUUUUCUUUCUUUGUAAUCGAUCUGACAAGAGCAGAGAAUCCUUCUGUAAGACCGGAUCAACAUCUCUCUCUGUCUCUCUCCUGUUACUGGUUGUCAACAUGGCAAAUGUAGCUCGUAACUCGCUCCUCAGUGCCUGUCCGUAACUGUGAAAUAUCCAAGCACUUCGGCUCGGCUGCACUGAGAAAAUUCUUCAAAUCCAAACAGGUCCUCGAAUAAUAUAUUUUCAGUUGUAGGCUUUAGUCGUAUUAGAGCUGACAUGAACAUAUAUAUUUUUUGUAAGAUGACACAGAAUUCUUUUAAAGACUCUACAGGCUUUUCCAUAGAGCUUAUUUAUAUCAAGGGUUUCUUUGGUUCUGUUUGAUUCGUCAGCACUGUAGUGUACAUAACGAUUUUUCUAAAGGAAAUGUGUAGUGUGAUUUAUACUGAAAUCAGAACCUCCUAAUAAAAGGUUCCGUUUGUUGGAUCGGUGUCGUGUCUGUGAACCUCGUCGGCCAUCUAGCGUUUGCAUGAUCUGAAGCUACUGAAGAGAAUUAAAAUAUCACGACAUCGGUCUCACGUCCAGACCAUCUUCUGGGGUGUGAUUUUGAUGCAUUUCUGUUGAUAGCAGUCUGUCUUUCAGUAGUCACAUUACCAGUGCCUUCUUUCACCUCAGAACAUCUCUAAACUACAGACUAAACUGUUCGGGACUCACUCUCUGAGUUUAAGUCAGGACUGAAGACUCAUCUUUUAGCCCAGCAUAACCCGUUCAUUCCUCAGCUGUAUUAGUCCGGUCUGACAGAAACACAAGUGAAUGGCAUCAGUGCUGAUGUCAUUCCUUCUCAUCUGUCAUUAUAUCCUUAGUCUCAGGUCUGAUGAAUUCGUAACUGUGCCGUGUGACCAUCGUAAACCAACUAUUAUUGACUGUUGCACUGCUGUCUUCCAUGCUUGAACCACUGCCGCGUCUAACCUGAGCAUAAUCUAUAUCAGCCGCAUCAGUAAAUCAGAGACGAGCCGCAGACACUUGUUUGUUAAUGUUCAUGUUCAGAUUGUUUAGCCAGAGGCUGAAUGAACCGUUUCGUUUCGCAUUAUGAAGUCUCCCUGAUUAAACAUCUUAGAUUUAAAACUGCUCAAGUUUAAGGCAUUAUAGACACAACAGUAUAGCUUUCUUUGAAGCUGCUUUGAAAUUAUAUUUAUUGUGUAAAGUGCUAUAUAAAUAAAUUUGACAAAUUGGCUGUGGUCAGCACUAAAUGCAUUCCAGAUUUAUGAACUCGCAUCCGGAUUUAUAAAAAUAUAAACUUGGCGUAAAUAUGUACGCACCAUGCAGACAUGCGUACAAACUCUUUUUCUUGGAGCGAGAAAAGUAAAGUAAACGACGAUUUUAAACUUGGUUUUCAUGACGAUACACACAUUUACAUUAAAUAUUCCACUCUCAUUAAUGGAAAUAAACACUGAAAUUACAAAGUCAUUACGCAUAAUUUUACGCAUAUUUGUAGUGGAUGCGUUUGAUAAUUUUUCCUGUGGCGUGCUAUGUUUUAAUGACAGCGAGGAGUGCUAUAGGUGCACAAUAGUUCAUCUUUAAAUUAAACUGCAGAUCUCAUGUUAUAAGAAAAUAAUUUGGUGAGAAAAAUGAUCAAUGAUGCGCACUUACUUCGAUAUUAUGGCGGACACUGCUGGAUUUGGUGGCCGAACGGUCUAUUGUCCGGUUUGAAUAGGUCUAAUGAUAAUAGCUUACUGUAAAACCACAGCUUCACGAGGUGUUGAUGGCAUGUGAAGGAAACUACAACAUUAUGAAAUAUACCACUGUAUUUGAAGGAUACAACUAGAAGAAAGCGGAAAGAUUUGCACGUUUCCUUUUUAAAAUACUUUGUCAGUGACGCUGACAGUUUUAUUUACAUUGCAAUAAAUAUAGGCCUAUCUGUUUCCACUAAAAAUAGCUAAAAGUUGUUUACCUUAUCAUCAAAACUGCAUAAAUUUGAUUUGAAUUGUUUGAAACGAUUGAAAUGCUAUUUGGCCAGUGGAAAUGAAUGAGAUUUAAUCUAUUCUAAAAUAUUUAUCUGAGAACUCUUUUAAACAGUUUUUAUGGAUAUUUUGAUAUAUUUAUUCUUAAACAUAAGGAUACAGGAUGAUUUUUAGCAAUAAAAAUUAAUGUGUAUGCAAUAAAUGGCAUUUAUAGUCUGUAUCUCAUA